AGGCGCGGUUGGCAGCUGGCCACACCUACGCUCCGACCCGCGCUCCCAGCUGCAGAAUAAAAUCUCACCCAAAUGUUCCGCAGCACUCUCACCUCCCAACGCCUAAUUUCUCGCUCCACAACACAGCCCUACGUCGCCCACGAUGGCGCCUGAAAUAAAUAUUAUGGACAUGAUGUCUAUUUCGGAGAUUGAGCCCGGCCUCUUCAUUGGAAAUUCGAAUGUCUCGUGGCAUCUCCCGACGCUGACGGAACGCUCUAUCACUUCAGUCGUCUCCAUCGAACCAAAUCGACACGGCUCAUGGGGUACUUCGUACUACAGAGCCCAGGUGCCUAAAGAAGAUCAUCUGUUCGUUGCCGCCAAUGAUUCCAGCACCCAGGAUUUACUUGUCUAUAUGGACGAUAUCUGUAACUUUAUCGACAAACGACUCAGCAAGGAUGCUGCUGGUGGGGGCGUUCUGGUUCACUGUUUGCUCGGAGUUUCUCGCUCGCCAACGGCCGUGAUCGCUUAUCUGAUGCGGAAACGACGCGAAAGCCUGGCCGACGUGACCCAGUUUGUCAAAGAGAAGAGAAAUAUCAAGCCAAAUGCCAACUUCAUGGAGCAACUCAAAGUGUGGGAGGAAACCGGCUACGAAAUCUGGGAGGAUAAGCAGAAGAAGAUUCCGAAGACGCCAUACCGCGAGUAUCUCGAAAGGAGGGCCGAGCGGCUCAAAGCCAAGGGGCUGACGGGGAAUGAACCGGUUGGAGUGCAGAGUCUCUGAGAUUUACUUAGGGAGACAUGUGCGACGGGACGAACCAACACGCCGUUGCUAAAACUGCUAGCGCCGACCAUUCACACCACCAACCCCCAGAAGGCUACGUCCCAAGCACGCACAGAAAAGCAUGUACAAAGUUGGGUGCUAUACUGUCACUUGUUUCGAGAUCGUGGCCCCCGACCGCAGCCUCCAUUGGUCACGGCAGGCGUUACGCGCCGGAAUCCGGGCUGGGGCCUAAUGUUGGCCCUGUCCGAGGCUCAGUCGGCGACCCGGCCGCCUUGCGACACCUAGGACGCAACCCCCUAUCUGCGUCCAACUUGAGGUCGCCUCCGUUCAAACGUACUUGCU